CCGAAGCAGCUCCAGGCAGAGCAGAGCUGAACAGAGGCGGCGGCGCCACAUAUCGUUAAAUUACCACAACUAUUUAUAGCUAGCCGAAGGCUGCUGAUUGUUUUGAAGCUAAUAACGAACGCCAGAGUCGAAACUUUGAUAUCGGAGUCGCCGAAAAACAGAAAAAUUACGCGGGUAGAUGAUGCACAAGAUGCCUGGUCAACUUGACAACUUGAAGCCCAGAAAGAGGAAGAGCAGCUCUGAGGUUAAAGGCUCCAAAAAGGCGUCUGCUACCAGGAAGAGAUGUAUGAAAGGUUUAAAGACGCACUCAGCGGCAGAGAGCAGCUCAGGAGUCAACGGUUACAGCAGAGCAGCCGGUCCUGCGGAGAGACGCUCACAGAUCAGCUGUGAAUGCCACCAGUCUGCAGGUAGGAGGAGAUGCUCGGCAUCACCGGAGCUCGAGGGACAGGAGGGCAAAGAGAACGAGCUGAGGACGGGGCUGGAUUUGGACGGCUGCAGAGUGAAUGGCAUGCAGGACAAACAGGAGCGUGAGGAGAUGGAUUAUGAAGAGACCAGCAAAAACAUCUUCCCAGAUGACGACAGCAACCAGAUCCUUCCUGUAGAGCAGUUCUUUGGAAACUUAGACGCCGUACAGGACUUUCCUCAAAGAUCGUCAGCGACGUCUACCCGCGUCCAGAGGGAGAACAGGAGGCGACAUUACUACGCACGAGAGGACAGCGACGAAGAGGAGGCGGGCUUCAGCAGUAUGCAGCAGGACGACAGAGGAGGCACUUAGUGAUGAGUAACUGCUUUGAUGACUGUGGUGGACUCAAAGUGAUGUCUGAGGAAGGACAUAAAACCUCUCAGCACUUAGGAAAAGGCAGCCAAACGAAACCACAGCAUUCAGUCAGUCCUCGUUACAUUAUGUGGAUGUAUCCUCCCUGAACCUGCUUCCAGUUCCUCAUCAUGCACUGAGGUGAUUCGUAACAACUAAAGAAAAAAAAAAGUUGAGCAUUGUAGAACUUGUUCAAGUUCACCACUGGUAAUUUUGACUUUUUUAACAGUUAGAAAGCAAGUUUUUGAUGGUAAACUUUGGACCUAAAUUUAUGACCUCAGACUUGACACAGACCGUCUACAUCCACAAAAAUGCCAAAUUGUUUGCUACCAAUAACAUUUAGGCUGAUAUCUGAAUAUUUUAUUUGAAAGUUUUUCUUUUAACAUAGCUACACUAAUGGGGUUCAUUUAGGCACCUGUGGGGAAUGAGUAGAGUAGUACAAUUAUUUAUUGCUAAAUUUAUGCUCACACCAUCCCUGGUUCAGCUGCAAGUCUAAACUGGAGCAUGUGUUGACAGCACUUUACUUUGUAGACAAAUCGGUUCAUAAUUUGAGUGCAAGUUUUCAGUUUGAGCUUAACCCUCGAGAAAUUCGAAAAAACAAACAAACUUUAAAACUCUUUAUUUUAGAUAUAAAAUGUCAAAAACAAAAGUCACAUGUUGAUAAAGGCAAAGGCAGCAGAAGACAAUAUUUCACAUUCUGGUAACAGACCGGACUGUUUCAAAAUGAGAUAUCAUAAAUUCAGUCUUUGACAUGAAUGUUAUUUCAGUAGUUUUCUGCAUAAGAGUCAUUGUUCACUAAGUGUCUAAUAUUCUUCCUCAAUUCAUCUUUGUGUGCUCAGUUUUUGGCAGCUUCUUAACAUAAUAUACAUUUGUCUAUAUAUAUAUAUAUAUAUAUAUAUACACAUAUCAAUGCAGCUAAUAAUUUUCCCUAAUGCAGCUCCUGUUCAUAUUUGAAAAAAAUGACAAAAUUUCAUAUGAAAAAAAUUCAUUAUUAUAAAAGACAUGAACUAAAAACGUUGAGGUUUCUUAUCCAAGUCAUCAGUGUGUAAGUAAACUGAGGAUAACUCAAACCCGACUUUGAAAACGUUCUCUAACCAUCAAAAUUAGUUUCAGAGUAAUUGAAUUUGAAUUGUCUAUCAGAAUUUUGUAUAUAGCUGAUUAUGAUCAUCCAAGCAAAUGUUUUAUAUAUUUUUACUGCCUUAUUUAUACAAAAUGCUUUUCAUAUUCUUCUAUGCAACUAUCCGACUGAGUGAAUGCCUUGUACAGUAAGCAGACAUCGUAAUCACUUCAUGCAUUUUACAUCACAGUGCCAACGUAAAGAACAAAUAAAUGUUUUUCAUAAUUUCA